AUGACCGUUUACACAGCAUCCGUUACCGCACCCGUCAACAUCGCAACCCUUAAGUAUUGGGGGAAAAGGGACACGAAGUUGAAUCUGCCCACCAAUUCGUCCAUAUCAGUGACUUUAUCGCAAGAUGACCUCAGAACGUUGACCUCUGCGGCUACUGCACCUGAGUUUGAACGCGACACUUUGUGGUUAAAUGGAGAACCACACAGCAUCGACAAUGAAAGAACUCAAAAUUGUCUGCGCGACCUACGCCAAUUAAGAAAGGAAAUGGAAUCGAAGGACGCCUCAUUGCCCACAUUAUCUCAAUGGAAACUCCACAUUGUCUCCGAAAAUAACUUUCCUACAGCAGCUGGUUUAGCUUCCUCCGCUGCUGGCUUUGCUGCAUUGGUCUCUGCAAUUGCUAAGUUAUACCAAUUACCACAGUCAACUUCAGAAAUAUCUAGAAUAGCAAGAAAGGGGUCUGGUUCAGCUUGUAGAUCGUUGUUUGGCGGAUACGUGGCCUGGGAAAUGGGAAAAGCUGAAGAUGGUCAUGAUUCCAUGGCAGUACAAAUCGCAGACAGCUCUGACUGGCCUCAGAUGAAAGCUUGUGUCCUAGUUGUCAGCGAUAUUAAAAAGGAUGUGAGUUCCACUCAGGGUAUGCAAUUGACCGUGGCAACCUCCGAACUAUUUAAAGAAAGAAUUGAACAUGUCGUACCAAAGAGAUUUGAAGUCAUGCGUAAAGCCAUUGUUGAAAAAGAUUUCGCCACCUUUGCAAAGGAAACAAUGAUGGAUUCCAACUCUUUCCAUGCCACAUGUUUGGACUCUUUCCCUCCAAUAUUCUACAUGAAUGACACUUCCAAGCGUAUCAUCAGUUGGUGCCACACCAUUAAUCAGUUUUACGGAGAAACAAUCGUUGCAUACACGUUUGAUGCAGGUCCAAAUGCUGUGUUGUACUACUUAGCUGAAAAUGAGUCGAAACUCUUUGCAUUUAUCUAUAAAUUGUUUGGCUCUGUUCCUGGAUGGGACAAGAAAUUUACUACUGAGCAGCUUGAGGCUUUCAACCAUCAAUUUGAAUCAUCUAACUUUACUGCACGUGAAUUGGAUCUUGAGUUGCAAAAGGAUGUUGCCAGAGUGAUUUUAACUCAAGUCGGUUCAGGCCCACAAGAAACAAACGAAUCUUUGAUUGACGCAAAGACUGGUCUACCAAAGGAAUAA